CCAGGACUCGGCGACCGCAGCUGGGCUGGUCUGCCGUCUGCCAUGUUUUUGUUCCUGCAGGCUGUCCGUACCUGAAUUUAGCUCAUAUCCCUUCCACGUACAAAAGCAGGACUGCUCGCCUCUGAUCGUCUUCUUCUCUCCUCACGUUGCAGUCGCUCAUCAAGCUUCAGUCACUCGUUUAGACUACCCAAUCCGUUCGCUAUCGCCUGCGACAUAAUCCUUCCUCGAUCACACACAAUCUAAUCGCAAUGCAGUACGCUGUUGUCGCCGCUGUCCUUGCGGCCACCGCCUCGGCCGCCACUGUUGGUGAUGGUGUUCCUCUCAUCUACUCUCCUACGCCAUAUCCAAACCCACCGUACCUGGGCGUCCAGUACAACGCCACCGUGAUCAACGGUGUUCCAUUCAACAACUCCAACGAAUGGCCAUGCUUGACCGCGGAGAAGUACUUCUCGAUUCCACCACAGUGCGCCAGGCAAUGCUUGAUCGAGACGUUCGGCAACGCUACCCUCUGCGCUGACGAUGACUUCACCUGCCACUGCACUGCUGCUGGGUCCGCUGAACUCGACAAGACCAUCAUUCCUUGCCUCUCUGCCGCGAACGGCCCAUGCACAGGCGAGGAGAUUGGCGAGCUCGCCAACUUCGUCCACGGUGCUCUCUGCCCGUACUUCAUGGCUACGACCUACGAGGAAGCGUAUGGCCACUGCGGCUCGUAUGGCGGCGGUUCGUACGGCGGCGGCUCCUACGGCACUCCAUCUUCCUCCAAGGGCUCUUGGCCAGCGACCACCAGCUCGUCGUCGGCCGCUGGCUACUGGCCAAAGACCACCUCGUCCAGCUCCAGCAAGACGCCAUGCAGCACCUCCGUUCAGACCUCGUGGACCAAGGAGUGCUCUGGCCCAACCACCUUCUGGGUCGGAGAGAAGACCUGGACCGUCACCAAGGCCACCACUCUCACCGUGACCGACUGCCCCAUCACCUGGACCAAGCCAAUCUCGAGCGGCACCUGGGCUCCAGUUGAGUGGACCACUCCUGCUCCCGUUGCCAGCCCAACCUGGGUCUACUCGGCCACCACUUCUCCAGCUGCUGGCUGGGCUAAGGGCACUGCUGCAUACAGCGCUUCGCCAGCUCAGUUCACCGGUGCCGCAUCGAACAACAAGGUGGCCGGUGCCGUCGCUGCCGUCGCCGCCGGUGCCGCUCUCAUGAUCUAAGCAUGUUUUGCAUCGGGGAAAUUUUUUGUGGGGGACCCUUCUGUUCUACAUUGUUAUGUGAAUAUGUAAUGUGUCAAGUUUAAAGAAAAAUAUCACAUGGCUCUUUUCACAA